AUGCCCAUCCUCACAGAAACCCUCACCCUCAUAGCCCACCACGUCCCCACCCUCAUCGUGGCAUGUAUAAUCCUCCACCUAACCCGCAACUACCUCACCCCAGGCACAUCCUCCAUCCCCGGUCCUCUGUGCGCCAAAUUCUCAAAUAUCUGGCGCUUUCUCGAUGUCGCCCGGGGAAGACACGAUGUGACACUUUAUAAGUUGCAUGAACAGUAUGGAGAGUAUGUAAGGUUGGGGCCGAAUGUGGUCAGUGUGUGGAAUUUGGAUGCUGUGAGGGUGAUUUAUGGGAUUAAGAGUGGGUUUAGAAAGACAAACUUCUAUAAAGUACAGCAACAACUUUCCAAAGGCAAACCAACACAGACGCUCUUCACAACCCUCGACGAGGACUUUCACGCAGCCAUCAAACGGCCAGUUUCCUCUGCGUAUUCCAUGAGUACACUGACAGAGUUUGAACCCUUUGUCGAUAACACGAUCCAGUCUCUCUUCCGCAGACUAGAUGAGUUUGCAGAUGAUGGGAAAGUGUGUGAUAUUGCGACGUGGUUGCAGUAUUAUGCAUUUGAUGUCAUUGGGGAAUUGACGUUUAGCAAACCCCUUGGAUUCCUCGAACACGGUCGUGAUGUUGAGGGGAUUAUCGCUGCAUUGGAGAAGACGCUUGAUUAUGCGGGCAAGAUCGGCCAAAUGCCAUGGCUGGAUUACAUCUUCAUCAAAAACCCCCUCAAACAACCCCUCCAAGGCGGUUCAACAACGGCCGUGGCUCGAUUCGCUCGAGCUCGACUCAACGAACGACUCGAGAAUAAAAAUACCGAUACCUCACCACAGCGACAGACAAAAGACUUCCUAGCCCGCUUCCUCGAAGCAAAAACCGAAUACCCAGAUAUCGUCGAUGACGCACAAGUCUUCUCCUAUACAGUGAGUAACAUAAACGCCGGCUCUGAUACAACUGCCAUCUCUCUACGCGCGAUACUAUACUACACACUUAAGAACCCACGCGUCCACACAACCCUACACAACGAACUCACCCACGCCCUGGAAACCGGCAAAAUCACCACCCCUGUAUCCUGGAAACAAAGCCAGGAAAGCCUCCCCUACCUCGACGCCGUCAUCAAGGAAUCAUUCCGUCUCCACCCCGCCGUCGGACUCCCCCUCGAACGAAUCGUCCCCCGCGAAGGGCUGACAUUACCGAACGGGGUCUUUCUACAGCCGGGGACAAUCGUCGGCGCGAACCCGUGGAUUAUGCACCGGCACCGCGUAUUCGGGGACGACGUGGACAUGGGGAGGGCAACGCUUACGUUUGGGGGUGGGGCGAGGACGUGUAUUGGGAAGAAUAUUAGUUUGUUGGAGAUUUACAAGUUGGUUCCGGCGUUGGUUUUGGAUUAUCAUAUCGAAUUGGUGAAUCCGGAGGCUGAGUGGGAGGUGGUUAAUGCUUGGUUUGUUCGGCAGAAGAAUAUGGAUGUCAGGUUGGUUCGGAGGGGAAGUAUUCAUUCAUGA